AAGUGGCUUGCAGGCAGAGUUUACGAGCCCAGUUGUGUCAGUGUUUGAAGAUCAAUUUUGUUGCACUUUUUUUUUGUAACGUUUGCGGUAAUGUAAUGUCGUCAUCACUCUAGUGGUUCUUGAAGAGCUUGAAGAGUUCAGUGGCGGAGCCACACGUGUUUGGUGAAAUAAGCGGAAUAAAGUCGUGGUAAAAAGUGGGACUUCAACUGAAAAAAAUAUGAUAAAUAUCUCAGAAGACAAGUGAAUAAUUUCGUCAAAACUAAGGAUUACUUGCGAGCAGUCUGGAGUUGUUUUGCACGAAUUGAACCAACAAAACGUCGAUCAUUAGUCAUUGUUGCGCGUGGCUACCACAAGGCAGGGAGACCAGACCUUUGCAGCAGCAGCAGUGCCAGUGAAUAGUGUAGUGAUUUAGGGAGCAAAAAAAAAAAAAAACCGGAGAAGGAGUAUAACGAGAUUUGCCGACGGUCCGAGAUUGGGACAAGUGAGUCCCGUUCUAGGUAGACCAAGUGUUUGUAACUUGUUUUCGUGUUCAUGGUGGGUGGAUGCUGGUAGUGCAGUGAGUUUUUAUGACCCAGCUCGCAGCGAGGUUCUGCCAGGGGAUCUCCCAUUAGUUGUGUACAUUGUUGAAUAAGACAAGAAUUCAUAAUUGUGUCCAGCGAAAAACAUUUGGAAUUGUUGUUUUUGGCGCGCAAGCAGAUAAACUUAUGGUUAUGGACAUUAUAUAAUGCACAUUAAUUUGAACCAUGGAACUGCUGGUAUCGCAAAAGUCCGAACCGGACUCGCAGCGCACUUUGGCGGCAGCCGGAAUCGAGAAUCCGGCCGUCACGCUAGAUCUGGACGACACCAGCAGCGUCAUCAGUGACAUCUCGAAGGUGCCCCGAGUUCCCGGCGACGGGGCCCAAGCGGAAGAUGUGAUAGACCCUGCGACGGUGCGACCACUUUCGAUGGUCAACCCUGGUGGGGAGCUUUUGGAGCGGCUACCAUCGUUGGAUGAGAAGACGAAGAAGAAGUUAAGCAACGGAGAUCUCAAGCUGCCGACGACGGCGGUCACGGCGAGUGGAAUGUUUCAGGAAGGCGAAAGUAAUGGACGUGAUGUUAAAGAUGGCACCCGGCACCAGCAACCGAACGGAGUGACCACGCCGGUAAUUACCGAGGACGACAUCGGUAACGGGAAAUGUGGCGUCCUCACGACUCCGACGUCCGGGGAUAAUGGUGGAUGUGGGGGUGGGGGAGAGGAUGAGGGCGGCGGGGGUGGCACAAAUGGUACCCCGGCCAACAGUUGCGCCCUGCCUCCCCUCAGCAGCAGCACCUACUCGGCCUUUAAGCGGGGCAACGUGGUCAAGGGCAUCCUGUGUCCGUCGAUGACCAACUCGUUUCGGGCGCCGUCCCUCGAGCGGUCCUAUCUGACCUACUCCCACCGGCAGCGCCAGAAGUCGCUCAUCCUGGUCAACGUCGUUGACCUGGUGCUCAAGAUCGUGCUGGCCUCGGUCUGGAUUGGAUUCAAUCAUCCAACGACGAUAAAAGCCCACGAAAUCACGUGGUCGGUUUCGUGCGUCAUCUCGAACUUCCUGAUCUGCGUGCUCGGCAGCUGGCGUCUGUUCGCCAACAACUACCUGCACUGGGCGGCCGUUUGCACCUGGCUGCUGCUCAACCUGCAGGGCUUCAUCGGCGAGGGGUUGGGCUUUGCCGAGCGGGAGUACCUCAUCUGGUACGUGCUCUUCAUCAUCUUCGUCCCGUACGCGAUGCUUCCGCUGCCGCUGAAGUGGUGUAUGAUCGCCGGAUCGGUUUCGGCCAUUUGCCAUCUGAUCGUGACCACCAUCAACAAGUUUCUGCACGAAACGGACACCACGUGCAUCGUGCGGCAGAUGAUUGCCAACUCGCUGCUGUACCUGGCGAUUAACUUUGCCGGCAUGUACACCAAAUAUCUGACCGACCGGGGCCAGCGGUUGGCCUUCAUCGAGACGCACAAGGCGAUGGAACACAAGCGCGAGUCGGAGAAGGAGUACCAGCGGACGCAGCGGCUGCUCGACUCCAUCCUGCCGAUGUUCGUCAACAACGACAUCCGCAAGGAGAUGUACAAAUCGCCGGAGCAGCAGGCCCAGGUGGACACCCAGUUCAAGAAGCUGUACAUCUACCACAUGGACAACGUAAGCAUUCUGUUCGCGGACAUCAAGGGCUUCACCGAGCUGGCGAGCAAGACGUCGGCCCAGCAGCUGGUCAAGGUGCUGAACGAUCUGUUCGCGCGGUUCGACAAGAUCGCCGAGGACAAUCACUGCCUGCGGAUCAAGCUGCUGGGCGACUGCUACUACUGCGUGUCGAUGUUCGACAGCCAGAGCUGGAAGAGCCGGCCGGACCAUGCCGUGUGCAGCGUCGAAACGGGCCUGCACAUGAUCAAGGCGAUUAAGGACGUGCGGAUGCAGACCAAUGUGCACGACCUCGACAUGCGCAUCGGCAUUCACAGCGGCUCGGUGAUGUGCGGAGUGCUGGGUGAGAAAAAGUGGCACUUUGAUGUGUGGUCUAACGACGUUAUAACGGCGAACCACAUGGAGUCGGGUGGCGUUCCGGGUCGGGUGCAUAUAUCUGAAGCCACGCUGAACUGCUUGAACGACACGUACGAGGUGGAACCGGGCAACGGCGCGAGCCGCGACAGUCACCUCAAGAUGAUGAACAUCAAUACAUAUCUUAUCAAGCGUACGGAGCCGCUGCGGCCACGCAAGAGACUGAUGAACCGGAUGAGCACGUUACAGUUCGAGAAGGAGGUGAUAAGCAAGAUCAACGAUUCGAAGAAUCGGAAGGACUCCAAAACGCCAAGCGUAGCGUCCAGCGGAACGAACAAUAACCAUAUCACGAAACGCAGCUCCAAGUCGACGAUUCACGAGGAUGAAACGACGACGGAUUGGAUUCCGGAGAUUCCGUUCAAGAACUUGAAUCCCGUCGGGGUCAACAAUGCCGAGAGCUUCCGAGAUAAGCAGAACUGUGACCACGAGGACACCGUUCAAUCUACCGAGGAGGUCGACGAGAUCAUUGAUCAGAACAUUCAGAUCAACUCGAACAAGCAGAUGCGCAUGGAGUAUCUGUACACUUGGACCUUGAAGUUCAAGGACUCUUCCCAGGAGGGUAACUUUUGCCAGCUUCGUGAGGACAUGUUCCGGUCGAACAUGCUGUGCGUGUUUGUGGUGUGGAUUUUCAUAGCACUUUGUCAGGUCGUGAUCAUUCCCAGGUGUACGGUUCUGAUCGUGUCACUUUCGAUCACCACGCUCGUUCUGACCAUCGGCUGUAUCCUCGUGAUGGCAGAAGAGUUUUCUGCGCUGCCCUUGUUUCUGCAGAAAAGUUCGUCCACUCUUGUGCACGAUCGAAAGCGGCGAACAAUCUUCGUUUGUGUUACGAUCAUUUUGAUGUCUGCGGCUAGCUCGAUGGGACUGAUCAUGUGCGAUUUGAAAGAAUCUACCGUGACAACGGAAACCAAAGAACCUUCCAUUGCCUUUUUGCACACGUUUAGUCCGUCGGUACCGAAGCAGGAGAUCCAGCUGAACCUAACCGUAACUGCUACUAUCAAUCAGAACUUGAUUCUGAACUCGCAUAAAGUGGUCAACUUGGAUUUGGAAACGCUUCUCAAUGAGCAGAACAGGUCGCUGAAAGACUUGAGCGAGCAAGAGCAACUUCUUUACGGGUUGAAUCCCACGUUCAUAGAAAUCCCUCAAAGCUACAAGACAUCGUCAAGUAAUUUGUCAACGGAAGAGAUUCUGCUAGAGAAGGAGAUAAGACCAGGACCACCGCCACCUCCGGGUCCCCCUGCUCCCCCGGGAUCAAACACCUGCGUCCAUCCCGAAUACGUUGUCUUCACCUGGGUCCUCUGUCUAAUAUCCCUCGCCACCGCCCUGAAACUUUACUACCUCGUAAAAACCUGCAUGGCCAUCGCCAUGGUCGCUUGUUACUCCAUCCUAAUCCUGCUCGUGUUCAACGACGUCUUCGAAACGUACGACACCGAGUUCAUGCAGGCUAGCGGAAUGCCGCUCGCGGCGCAAAUGAUGAUUCUACUCCUCGUUUUCCUCACCAUGGUCACGUAUCACGCCCGGCUUGUCGAAGUGACCUCCCGGUUGGACUUUAUCUGGAAGGAGCAAGCCGAGAAGGAGCUCUCGAACAUGAAGUCCAACCGGCACCUGAACGACCUUCUCAUCAAGAACAUCCUGCCGGACCACGUGGCUUCGUACUACCUCUCCGAGGAGCGGGCCGACGAGCUGUACGCCCAGAUGCACGAGCUGUGUGGCGUCAUGUUCGCGUCGAUACCGAACUUUAAGGACUUUUACUCGGAGGAUAUCGAGAACGGGAAGGCGUGCAUUCGCAUUCUGAACGAGAUCAUCUCGGACUUUGACUCGCUGCUGGAGGAGCCGCGGUUCGCGACGGUCGAGAAGAUCAAGACGGUCGGGGCGACGUACAUGGCGGCGUCCAACUUGCGGUACGGAAAUAAGACAAAGGUGGACGAAAAAGACGAACAAGCGGUCUGUGAUUUGGUCGAGUUUGCGCUGGCGAUGCGCCAGAAGCUGCAGGAGGUGAACAAGGACGCGUUCAAUACGUUCCAGCUGCGCGUCGGCAUCAGCAGUGGACCCCUGGUGAGCGGGGUGAUCGGAGCCCGCAAGCCGGUGUACGACAUCUGGGGCAACACGGUGAACGUGGCCUCCCGGAUGGACAGCACGGGCGAGAACUGGAAGGUUCAGGUUCCGGACUACACGGCGGCGCUGCUGCAGACCAAGGGGUACACUUGCGUGCAACGGGGCGAGGUAAACGUCAAGGGCAAGGGGCUAAUGCUCACGUACUGGGUGCUGGGCAUGAACGUAUCCGCCAGCCAGCUCACCUCACCGGCGCUGAUGCCCGCGGGAGUUCCGCAGGCACAGACACCCUCGCUGCAGCGGCAGGUUUCACAGCACAGCUCGCUGGCGGCGGUCGUGUUCGGCAUGAUGCAAGCGUCCAAGCGGAGCAACCUCAACACAACCCCAACCGGAACGCCCUCGCCGAGAACCCGGUUCGGGCGACGGGGAAGCACAUUCAGCUCAGUGAGAUUGAGUCAGAAAGUGCAGUCUAACAACCCGAUCCGGCGGAACACGACCCGGGUGCGGGGCCGCAGCUACACCAUGAAGAAGCCGACCAUUCCCCACUCGCCGACGGUGCAGUUCCCCCCGGAGCCGCCGGCGGUCCAGAGUGCCCCCGCGGACAGCAAUGUGAUACCAUCCUUCCGACAGCUGCACCAGCACGUCUCCGAGGAACAGACUGGAGUGUGAAUCGUGGUUGUUAUAGAAGAAAGGCGUAGUUUUUAUCGAGGCAGGAAAGGAAUGGAGACAAAAUUAUACACUUAAAAACUAAACAAUUUUUUAACCUGAACCGACUCGACCCUGCCAUGACCGUAAAAUGUAGUGCGGUCACUUUUGGGGCGCGGUCGAAAGCCGGUAGCCAAAUAUACUAUUCUAGUCAUGAUGAUGUAAGGAAAACAAACAAAAGCAACCAACACUUUUAUCAUACUUUAACUUAUUGCACAAAAACUACAACUUUCGACUGUUCCUGUAUCCGGAAUUGGACGCGAAAGCAAACUUUUUAACCUUAAAUCUCUGGAAACAAUCGUUUUAACUUCUCAGAAGUAAGGGCUCUAGUUUGCAUCUUUUCGACCGAA